AGUGAAGAUGCUCACUAUUUAUUAGAUUUAGAUAUGGCUAUUUUAGGAUCAAAUUCUGAAGUUUACUCAGAAUAUAGAGACAAAAUUCGAGGAGAAUAUUCGUUUCUCAGCGAACCAAUGUAUACAGCAUUAAGACUGAAGGAUGGCAGAACUUGGACAAUUUCUAUACAGCAGAAAAGAAAUGUCAAAGGAAAAGAAAGCAGAGCAACAACUACUGAGGACUUGUAGAUUCCAUGGGAAAAUUGGUGACCGGAAUUCCUACUGGGCUAACCCAGUAUUUGCCACACCAGCGUCAUAUCUAAAUUUCGACAUCCCAGUAACAACUGAAAUUACAUUAGCGGCGGGCUUUCAUCGACGUUUAUCUAAUGUACUAGUGUACCAUGAGAAGAACUCAGUGCUAACCAUGCCUGAGGAACCAGUAAUAACAUCAGUACAGACACCAGACAUCCCAAUCCCAUCAAUAAAGGUUAAGUGCCAAAUGAUGAUUGGGAGAGACCCCAAAUUCGUUGAUUCCAACUUGUGCAACAUGCUCUCGCAAGCUGAAUGGCGAGAGACAGUUGAGAAAAUUGCCGAAUCGAUGGCACCUAAGUCCACAAGGACUAUUGCAACUCAAACCAUCGAAACUAGAUUGGCUCCUGUCCCAGAACCAGGGUGCCUGAAAUGUAAAGAAAAGGGGCACAGUCAUGACAAGUGCCAAAAUGAACUCAGGGGUGACUGUUACUGUACCAACUGUCGAAGACUUGGGCACACUAAUAACACGUGUCCAUACCAGCACUGGAACACCGACGGCUACAGGGAAAUGACAGGAUAUUGUCGUCACUGUUCUACUCAAUAUCCAUUCGUAAAUGACUCAUGUCAGACAUGCAGAACCCGAGUCGAGAUGACACAAGCGGCACGAGGGGCGUACCAGAUUUUGCCGCCAUAAAUAAACAAAAAUUCCCGGACGUGACAAGAUGUACAUGUGAUAGUUACUGACAGCGUGAUCAAGACUUGCUCAAGAAACCAGUAUUUCAUAAAGACAAUAGUGUUCAAUAUUAUAAACGGGUUUUUAGUUUUUUUAUUUUCUAAUUACUUUUUGUCAAACGCAUGGUACAUCCAAAUUAUUUAUUUAUGACUAGAGUAAUCACUCAAAGCAACAUUGCUCAGACUUACCAGCGCAUGUAAACAUGCCAGUUAAAAUAUUAAUUAUUUAUUUUUUGUUCCAAAGAGAACACCAGUAUUACCACAACAAUGUUGUAUUCAGUAUUUUUUUGUUUGUAUUUUUAUUUUUAUUUUUUGUUUCAUUUUUGAUUUUUAUGUACCUGAAAGGUAGUGAAUAAAGAAAGGACAAUGAUGAGUCCAGAACUGAUUCAACGUGAUAAUACUUGUAAUAAUUAUAGAAUUUAUAACAGUUAUUAUAUUUUUGCUUAAAAAUUUAUAACUAUUUAUUACUCAACUAUAAUUCUAUUUUGAUAAAGUAAAGAGAUACUCGCUAGAGUUAUUGUGAAGCCAGUAUCUCUUGAUACAGUGUGAGUGAAUAAUAUUGUAUUGAUUGAAUGGAACGUUACUGUCGGCGUAAAAAUAUUGCUAUUAACUUUAACCAGUAAUUGUCGCUUUAUUAUUGACACUACCCUGGUUAAAGUUAAGGGGGGUGGUGUUACGAUGUUGGCAUCGUUUGCCUCCGGUUGUCAUCGGGAUAGAACUGUCACAUGACUAGUGCGGCAGUUCUGUCUAUAAAAGAGUGCGUUAACGCGUUACCGGUGCUUUUUGCUUUAUCGUCGUUAGCUUUGAGUAGACAGUUAAGUUCGUACUCACUGCUAAUUACCGCUUAGUAAUUGACCUGUUCGCUAAUCAUCAUUACUAAUUAUUAAUUUAUUCUUAACUCAUAUUUGUUGGUAACUUGUCUAGUGUCAGUGAUAGUUAGUUAAGUAAAUUAUCCAGUAUUUGUUACAUCAUAUCUGUUUGUAACAAAUAAUAACUCAUAUCUGUUGUUAUACCGAAGACAGUUAUUUGAAUAAAUUGAUAGGAAGCCCUGUACCGUUAAGUACAGUAACGAUACUGAUAGACCAGUGUGUGUGUGCGACGUGGCAUAAUAGUUAAUUAUUAGUUAAAUAAAUAAUUAUUCUAUUAACUGAAACUAGUGUUUGAGUGAAUUCACCUGUGCUUUCCCAAGUCCACAUUAGACAAUUAAGGAUCUUCUUAGCUACUACAUUGGGUACCAGUAUCACGAUCCAAGGAGGCGAUUUCCAAGGAUCAACCAGUUGCCAGUCCAAGGACAUCGAGGACAAUAUCCAUCGCCGAACUGAAUUUUAGGCUAAGUACUAGUAUUAAUUUAGAAUUGUAAGGCCAGUUCGGGUAAAUUAAUUUAUUGCGAAGGCAUUAUUAAAGUAAAUUCAAUAAGUCAGAGUUUCAUAAGAGCUAGCGGGGCAAACUUUGACCCACGAAACUGCACACUUUCAUCACCAAGUGCAGGAUAACGUACCCCAGCGUUACAAUGGCGCCCAACGUGGGGUAUAACAACAGAUAUGAGUUAUUAUUUGUUACAAACAG